AUGAAGGUCUUUCCCCAGCCCGGUCCAGGGUUAUUUCUGCCACACACCAACGAUUCACGCCGUAUAAAUACCCAAAAGAAAAUAGCAAGAGAUACAAUUCACUUUGUCGGCCAAACGCUAACAACUAUGGUGCAUCGUAGCCUCUUGGUAAGAAUAACAGUAGCCUUCGUGGCGACGGUGUGUGUGGCGGUGGCUGACAGUGGAUAUGGUGGACGCGGAGGAGGAAGUGGAGGCGGAAACGGAGGUGGAUUCGGAGGCGGAAGUGGAGGCGGCCACGGAGGAGGAUUCGGAGGCGGAAACGGAGGUGGAUUCGGAGGCGGAAACGGAGGUGGAUUCGGAGGCGGAAACGGAGGUGGAUUCGGAGGCGGAUUCGGAGGCGGAAACGGAGGUGGAUUCGGAGGCGGAAACGGAGGUGGAUUCGGAGGAGGAAACGGAGGUGGAUUCGGUAGUGGCGGUUUUGGUGGUGGAAAUGGCGGUUUUGGCGGAGGAAAUGGCGGUUUCGGCGGUGGAAAUGGCGGUUUCGGCGGUGGAAAUGGCGGUUUCGGUGCAGGUAAUGGCGGAUUUGGCGGUAGCAGUGCUGGUGGCAGUUACGGAGGAAAAUAA